AUGAUCAUCGAGCGAGUUGGUGAAGUGGCAUACAGGCUUGAGUUACCUUCUGAACUGGCUAGAGUACAUAAUGUUUUUCAUAUGUCCAUGCUUCGUCAUUACGUUGCGGAUCCAUCGCACGUAAUACCUCCUCAACCAUUAGAAAUUAAUCCGGAUUUGACAUAUGACGUGGAACCAGUAAUGAUUCUGGAUUGGAAGAAAAAGGUUCUAAGGAACAAGACGAGCUCCGCGGAUAGUCCGAAUUCGGGAUUAGGAUCGGAAAAUAGUCCGGUAAAGGGUCUGAGUCCGGGUCUGAUUAUCCUAAUCUCGGUGGCGGACGCCGCCGGAUUAGUCGUCGUUUACAUUUACUGGAAAAAGAAAGACGACGAGAACGGAUGCAGUUGUACGGGAAAGAGCAAAUUUGGCAGCAACGAGAAGCGCCACCUCUGUAAUCUCUGGCAUCUCUGUUCUUGCACUUGCAUCAAUGGCGGGUUCGGGAACCAGGAUUCGGAUUCGGGCGACCCGGAAAAGGCAGAGAGGGGAAAAGGGGAGGGGGAUCUCGUCGCGAUCGACAAAGGGUUCACAUUCGAGCUGGACGAGCUGUUGAGGGCGUCGGCGUACGUGCUGGGGAAGAGCGGACUGGGGAUCGUGUACAAAGUGGUGCUCGGGAAUGGAAUCCCGGUGGCGGUGAGGAGGUUGGGGGAGGGCGGGGAUCAGAGGUAUAAGGAGUUCGCGGCGGAGAUUCAGGUGAUCGGGCGGGUGAAGCAUCCGAAUGUGGUGAAUUUGAGAAAGGGUUGGAGUGUUGGAGAGAUCGAGAUUGAACACUGA